UUUCAAGUGACACAUUCGCGUUUAUCUAGGACUCAUAACCUCAAGUGUCGCCGGGCCGUCUCGGUCGCCAUUCGACAAGAUGGAAUAUAUCACUCUAACCGGAGAAUCUUGCUUCACUUCUUCUGAAGCUCAGAAAGUGAAGGAUCGUAUCAACCAAACGGCGUCGACGAAAGUGACUAACAUCUUAGGUUCCUGGAUAUAUUACGCGCAUAUCAGAGGAAACAAGGAGUCUCUUCAACCCAAACUCCAGCAAUUACUUCCACUGCCUGAUAGUUCCAGUCCUCCACCUCUAACUCACAUUGGGUAUACUCGUACAUAUUAUAUUGUACCUAGGAAUAUCUCACCAUGGAGCUCUAAAGCAACCAAGGUCUGUGAAGUUUGCGGUCUUAAAGAUGAGAUCCAUCGUGUGGAACGAGCAAGAUCCAUCACACUGGAAUUCGAACAUCCUUUCAGCAGCGAUGAAAUCCCAUUCAGGGACCUGCUAUAUGACCGGAUGACCGAGAUCAUAUCUCCAAACCAACCAGAUCUUGAGUCUAUGUUUAUAGAGCGAGAGCCCUUACCCCUAGAGGUCGUCAACAUAUUCUCUGCAGACCAGACGCCAAUUGAUAUGCUCAAAGCAUACAACAGCAAGCAUGGUCUAGCUCUAGAUGAGUCCGAGAUGGAAUACCUAGCCCAAGAAUUCAUGCAGCUUGGACGACCGCCAAAUGACAUCGAGCUCUUUAUGUUUGCUCAAGUCAAUUCAGAACAUUGUCGUCAUAAGCAAUUCAACGCAAGCUGGACUAUUGAUGGCUUAACCAAGGACUUGAGUCUAUUCGACAUGAUUCGAAAUACUCACAAAAAAACACCCGAUUAUACUGUCUCGGCCUACAGCGACAAUGCUGCAGUAAUGCAGGGUGAAAUAGGAAAUUAUUGGGCUCCUGAUUAUACAACUGGAUCCUGGAGACUCAACAGAGAAGUCGUGCACAUACUGGCUAAAGUUGAGACUCACAACCACCCUACUGCUAUUUCUCCUUUCCCAGGAGCUGCCACGGGAUCUGGUGGCGAGAUCCGCGACGAGGCCGCCGUUGGAAGAGGAUCUGCUACUAAGGCUGGUCUUUCCGGAUUCUGGGUAUCCGAUCUUCUUAUUCCAGGCCACCAAGCCUGGGAAACUGAUAUUGGCCGCCCAGCUCACUACGCUAGCAGUCUUGAUAUCAUGCUAGAAGCACCCAUUGGCUCUGCUCGCUUCAAUAACGAAUUUGGCCGCCCUGCACUUACCGGGUGUUUCCGUACGAUGUUGACAAACGGUACGAAUAAAAGCGACGAGAACUCUGAAAAGGCGACAGAAUGGCGAGGCUACCACAAACCGAUUAUGAUUGCAGGUGGACUCGGUAGAGUUAGACCAGGACACGCCAUCAAAAACCCAACCGAUGUGCAUGAAGGUGCUCAUGUUAUCGUGCUUGGUGGCCCUGCGAUGCUAAUUGGGCUUGGCGGUGGUGCGGCAUCCAGUAAUGCUUCUGGAGAAGGGACUGCGGAUCUCGAUUUCAACAGUGUUCAGCGAGGUAACCCUGAGAUGCAGCGUCGAGCCCAAAUGGUUAUCGACACAUGUUGUGGCUUAGGGGACUCGAACCCUAUCGCUAUGAUACACGAUGUUGGUGCUGGCGGUUUAUCGAACGCCCUCCCAGAGCUUGUUAAAGAUGCUGGGUUUGGAGGUAAAUUCGAACUCCGACAAGUUGAGAGUGCAGAUGGUAGUAUGAGUCCUCUUCAAAUUUGGUGUAAUGAAGCUCAGGAACGUUACGUUCUUUUAGUUAAUAGCGAGGGGAUGAAUCGGUUCGUGAGCAUCUGUAGACGUGAACGCUGCGGUUUUUCAGAUGUUGGCACUGUCGUAUCUGAAAAUGAGAGCGGUCCCUCUAAGCUUAUUUUGACCGAUAGAAAUGCGAAUGAGAAAACAUACUCGCGACCCAUCGACCUACCUAUGUCGACCCUAUUCCCCCCAGGCCGUCGGUUGCAGCGCAUAGUGACAUCGAGUAAACCAAAUCUGCCAAAGUUCGAUCCGGUCCCCAGUUUGAAGGCUGCGUUUGGGGAUAAAUUAUCCGAUGCUGAACUAGUUAGAAACGCACUGCAGAGAGUUUUCUGGAUGCCAGCUGUGGGAUCGAAGUCUUUUCUAAUUACGAUUGGAGAUCGAACUGUCGGCGGUCUUACCGCUCGAGACCAAAUGGUAGGCCCCUGGCAAACUCCUGUAGCCGAUGUUGCUGUGACAGCCACGUCGUUCAAUAUGGGAGCGAAGACGAGGCAUGGUGAAGCAAUGGCUAUGGGUGAGAAGCCUACCCUUGCACUAAUAUCUCCCGCCGCGUCUGCUCGCAUGGCAGUUGCCGAGAGUUUAAUGAAUAUAGCUGCUGCGGAUAUUAUGGGCGAUUUACGACGAGUCAAGCUAUCCGCGAACUGGAUGGCAGCUGUAAAUCAUCCCGGAGAAGGCGCUGCUCUUUACGAAGCGGUCGAAGCCAUUGGGCUUGAUAUGUGUCCACGACUGGGAAUUAGCAUACCUGUUGGCAAAGAUUCUACGUCAAUGAAAGCAACUUGGAAAGAUCGUGAGUCUGAAGAGGCCAAGAGCGUAACAGCGCCCGUAUCAGUGGUUAUCUCGGCAUUUACAAUAGUCGACGACAUUCGAAAAACAUGGACCCCACAGCUUCGACGUGUGGAGGAAGUCGGAGAGACUGUUCUUAUGUUUGUUGACCUAGCAAAAGGCAAGAAAGCCAUGGGCGGGUCGGCCCUUGCUCAGUCAUUCGGCUACGUUGGUGACGAGGCACCCGACGUACGAGACAUUGACUUAAUCACUGAUUACUUUGAUGCGCUGGCUCAACUACACCAGAGUGGCAUUGUUCUCGCGUAUCACGACAGGUCUGAUGGUGGGUUGAUUACAACAGUAGCGGAGAUGAUGUUCGCUGGACGAUGCGGCGUUGACUUGAUGAUGGAUGGAAUUGCCAAAUCCUACUUGGUUGAAGACAUGGUUGAUGCUUUGUUCAACGAGGAAUUAGGAGCCGUGUUCCAGGUGCGAGCCUCUGAUGAGAUCAAUUUCAAGAGAUGCUUCGCAACCUGUGGGCCACCACCAGGCAUGAUCAGAAAAUUUGGCAGUGUCCAGCCAAAAUCAAAGCAGGCGUUGACGAUUCGCUACGGAGCAGCGCCUCUCGUUAGCCUCGAUAGGAAGGAGAUUCAACAGUGGUGGACAAAGACCUCAUUCGAGAUGCAGAAGCUGAGAGAUAAUCCCUCUUGUGCCGAGUCCGAAUAUUCGACCAUCAUCGAUCAAACCGACCCCGGUCUCUCCUACAAGCUCACCUUUGACCCAUCCGAUAAUAUUUUGCCAUUGACUGCCUCUAUUACUGGGUUCUUUGGCAAGAGCCCUCGAGUGGCUAUUUUGCGAGAGCAAGGUGUCAAUGGGUAUGCCGAAAUGGCAUUCGCAUUCAAAGCAGCAGGUUUUGACCCUAUCGAUGUAAUGAUGACGGACAUCAUUUCGGGUCGCUCGCUUGUAGAUUUCGUGGGCCUGGCUGCCUGUGGUGGCUUUUCCUACGGUGAUGUGCUUGGGGCCGGACAAGGCUGGGCUAAGUCCAUUCUUAUGCACGAGAAUGCUCGCAAGGAAUUUGAAGAUUUCUUUAAGAGACCAGAUACAUUUGCUCUUGGGGCUUGUAAUGGUUGCCAGAUGUUAUCACGACUUAAGGAGCUUAUACCUGGAACAGAACAUUGGCCAGUGUUCGUGGAGAAUACAAGCCAGCAGUUUGAGGGACGUUUGGGUAUGGUCAAGAUCGAGGACAAUCCAUCAAACCCUUCAGUUUUCCUCCAUGGUAUGGACGGCUCGGCAUUGCCAAUUGUCGUUUCUCACGGCGAAGGAAGGGCAUCUUUCUCUUCACAAAACUCUCUACGGGCUCUUAACGAAGCUGGAUCUAUUCCAAUUCGGUACGUCGAUAACUACUUGAACGUGACGGAGAAGUAUCCGUUCAACCCCAAUGGCAGUCCUGGCGGCAUUGCCGGUGUCAGCAGCAAAGAUGGUCGCGUCCUGGCCCUAAUGCCUCACCCUGAGCGAUCAGUGAUGGCAGAUUCCAUAUCCUACGCACCACCUGCUCUUCUUGAAGAGUGGGGAGAAUUUGGUCCCUGGAUUAGGAUGUUCAGAAGCGCGAGAAAAUGGGUCGGAUAAAUUGCUCCUACUAAAGAAAGGAGUCUACGCAGCAAUCAUUUAGGCUUAGAACAUACGAUCACACGAUAUACUUCUACAUGCACCUCGUCGUUAAAACAAGGCUUGGUAUUCAAUCGACGAGAUUGAAAAUGCAGUAUAUACUUUACUCUAACGAGACCUAAGCUAGGUAUCCAAGUAGAUACUGCAAAUGUUCUAGGAGUUGACUAAAGGCGGUUCUGUAUUAGGAGUUACAGACUUAAACGAAAGAGGUCGCCGAAGGCACAAACAAAGGCCAUCUAUAUAGCAAUGUAUUAAGCAAGGAAAUGAACAUGAUCGAUUAGCAAAC